GGAGCACCGGUAACCUUCCGCUGAAAGAGCUCUUUGUGGUGGCUUUGUUCGAUUGGAUAGUGGCGGUGAAGAGAAAGUGAGUGUUUGUUCUGUAAAGAAUUGUGUUGUGCGAUCGAAUCGAUCGGUGAGUUUGUGCAUUCAUUCAUUGUGUCUACACACAAGUGCCAUUGAGACGCUGUUACGCAAAGUGCUGUGAGCUGCGUGAUAGGGUGAAGAAUUAGGAACGCGAACGGAAUUACUACAAGUGCCACAGAAUGAUGCAGCCAUUAAAGUUGUUGUUUGUGCUGUUAGCGUCCAGCGCAUCAGUGCGAGCCUUCUGGUGGUCUAGCCCAUCGAAUGAUCCACCGGUGGCCAGCAAACAGGUGCAGUACGUCCGUGCUUUUACCUACCAACCGGUGGCGUUUCCAGCGCACUCUCUCCUGACACCGCCAGCGCCGUACAAAUUCAUCCAGGCCAGUCCGGCGGCCAUUAUACCGACGGCCAAACAGAUCAACCCGGUACAGCCCACCAGCCAGCAGCCCGUUCAGCCCGUACAGCAGCAGAGCAGCAGUAGUCCGUUCAGUAGCUUCUUCGGCAGUGCUUUCGGAGGGUUUGGUCAACCCGGUAGCAGUAAUUCCGUCUUGGGAGUUGAUCGGUCGAACUCCAUCUCCUCAGUCCCAUCGUACCAGCAGCAGCAGCAGCAACAGCAGCAGCAGAUGCACCAGCAGCAACAGCAACAACAUCAGCAACAAUUACAUGAAGUGCCGAGCGGAAACCAAGGACUACCUCCGGCGGCCGCCUUCUACCAGGGCCAGCAGCACCCGAGCAAGUAUCCGUACUUCACGAUGGACCAGGUGCAGUACCUGUCCGGGCUGCCUUCCAACACACCGCAGACACCGCAGGUCCAGUUUGUGCCCUGCAUGUGCCCGAUCGCGGUCAACGUGCAGAGCAACCAUGCGGAGCUCGCCGACAAGCGGUUAGACGAAACGACCACGACCGACGCGGAAGUGGUCGUGCCGAGCGGUGAAAGUGAAAAGUGA